AUGGCCCAGCCCGGCAUUGCAGCUGCCCACCGCCUCCUCUUCCUCUACGCGGAGCCAGUCGCCGCCCUCUACAGCGCCUUGCUGGCCGGCCGCGCUCCGCUCAAGUACCUUUACCUGGUGAAUCCGGCAGCCCCGGCCCACUACCAUCCGAGCCUGCAGGUUGUGCUGGACCAACUGGCCGCCACCUACUUUCUCUUCGCCUUCAACCAGGCCGUGGUACUGCGCGUCGUUGGUGAUGAUAACGUCCGCGUCUGGACCGCCAUGAUAUGCGGCAUGCUGCUGUGCGACCUGCUGCACAUCAACGCGGCCGGCAACACACUGGGCUGGGGCGUGCUGCUGGACCCGGCGGGCUGGAGGUUUGAGGAGUGGGUGGUCAUGGUAUCCACGUGUGGCUUUGCCGCGGCGAGGGUGGCGUUCUUGCUGGGCUUUGGGGCGGCAAGAGGAGAGGCCAAGCCAAAGAUCAAGACAGGGUAA